AUGCAGAAUGACUUCAAGAUGCUCAUACGAGGCGCGCCGGCGCAGGAGGGAGAUGUGCUGUUCUACAUCGACGUCAUCAUAUGCUACCCGCGGCAAGCCAGUGCCCAAGACCCACUCCACGAGCUGAAGUUAUCAGACGCGAAGAUAAUGGAGAUGAAUGUCCAGAUCUGGCUUCGCAACUGGACGAAAAGCGUGUUGACGCCCUUCGAGGCCGUGCUGGCACUGGUGGUGACCUUCGCUCUGAACGACGAGGCCAUCAAGUCGAUGGAGCUGUGA